AAGUUCAAACUUUAAACCCCCAACAGCUGUUACCAAAACCAAAGUGGGAAGUAUAAGAAGAAGAAGAAAAGCUUAAAGCUUUUAUUUGAUAAGCAAGGAAACCCAGAAAUCCUUAUUGCAUGUAAAAGGAGAUACAAUGUCAAUGGAUCUCAAUGAUUACACUAUCAUCAAGGAGGGAGAAGUUGAGAUCCUUUUGCAUGCUAAAAAUGAAGUUUUUUACAACAAAACCCAGGUUAACAACAGAGACAUGUCCAUUGCUGUCCUGAGGACAUUCAUAUUGAGACGGAAGCAGGAACAUGAGGCAUUGUUGUCUAAAAGAAACAAAUCAGCAGCAAAUGUGCCAGAGAAGAAUGUUUUGAUAUCUGACAUAGAAAAUAAACCCAAUGGUUCUGGUAUGAAUACCAAAAAAUCAAAUGAAGAAUGUGAAGAGCCUGGAGAAAACCCUGAAGAAGAGUCUUGUACAACAUCAGAAGAACCAGUUGAGACAGAGGGAAAAGUUCUAGGGGAGGUCAAACCACCAAGAGUCCUAGAGGCCUUGUCAGCUUCUGGGUUAAGGGCUCUGAGAUACGCUCGGGAAGUAGAAGGGAUUGGUAAAAUUAUUGCCUUAGACAAUGAUAAAGAGGCAGUUGAAGCUUGCCAGAGAAAUAUAAAGUUCAAUGGUUCUGUAGCAUGUUCAAAAGUGGAGUCGCAUCUCGCCGAUGCUCGUGUGUACAUGCUUACCAACCCAAAAGAAUUUGAUGUGGUUGAUCUUGACCCUUAUGGUUCUCCUUCGGUGUUCCUGGACUCUGCAGUUCAAUCUAUUGUCGAUGGUGGCAUGCUGAUGUGCACUGCAACUGAUAUGGCAGUUUUAUGUGGGGCUAAUGGGGAGGUCUGUUAUUCCAAAUAUGGAUCAUAUCCAUUGAGAGGGAAAUACUGCCACGAAAUGGCUUUGAGGAUACUCCUAGCCUCCAUUGAGAGUCAUGCAAACCGCUACAAACGAUAUAUUAUUCCUGUACUCUCUGUCCAGAUGGACUUUUAUGUCCGUGUUUUUGUUCGCAUAUACACUUCAGCAAGUGCGAUGAAGAAUACUCCCCUUAAGCUAUCAUAUGUCUAUCAGUGCAUUGGUUGUGAUUCUUUUCAUCUACAGCCUAUCGGGAGAACUGUUUCUAAGAAUACCAGUGUGAGGUAUCUCCCAGGCUUUGCACCUGUUGUCCCUCAAGAGUGUAGCCACUGUGAGAAGAAAUUUAACAUGGGUGGACCUAUAUGGUCUGCUCCAAUCCAUGAUCAAGAGUGGGUAAUGAACAUACUAGAAGAUGUAAAAUCAAUGAAGGAUCGUUAUCCUGCCUAUGAUCGCAUCUCUGCUGUUUUGACUACCAUUUCAGAGGAAUUGCCCGAUGUGCCUCUCUUUUUGAGUCUGCACAACCUUUGUGCUACACUAAAAUGCACUUCCCCAUCUGCAGUAAUUUUCCGCUCUGCUGUGAUCAAUGCAGGAUAUCGAAUUUCUGGAACCCAUGUGAAUCCAUUAGGACUAAAAUCGGAUGCUCCCAUGGAUGUCAUUUGGGACAUAAUGCGCUGCUGGGUUAAAAAUCAUCCAGUGAAAGCCCAACCAGCUGAUCAGUCCGGAAGUGUGAUACUUGCCAAAGAACCAGUUCUUCAAGCAAAUUUUGCUCGAGCUGUUGCAUCCCUGAGCAAGGCACAAGCGAAGAAGGUUGCUCGAUUCCUUCCAAAUCCUGAAAGGUACUGGGGACCGAAGCUUAGGGCAGGCCGCCAAAUCACCAGCAAGCACAUAUCACUUUUGGGUGAAGAGACGGUAAAUGGAUGUCUCAGCCAUCAAGAUAGCGAACUCAACACCAAACGGCAAAAAUCCGAAGAGAUAGAGGAUGCUACCACAGCAUAGACCAGGCUGCCAUUAAACUUAUAUUACUUCCAUCUCCUAAAAAUUAUCAUGGUU